UCAGUGCAGACGCGCGCGUCUCUGUGCAGUCACGACUUCUUGGGGGAGAGCUGCAGGUCUUUGAUAAAACGUAUAGGUGAUAGUUUGUUAUUUUACAUCCACAUGGAUAUCAAAAGCAUUCGAUGAGUAGUUUACAGCGAGACUAAAAUGACAGUAAACAGUGGGAGUGGAUGAAAUGCGCAUAAAAUCAUGGAAUUUCUGGAAGUGAUGUUUUAAAACAAUCCAAGACCGGCGCUGGAUGACUCUUAAUUUUGGAUUUGAUCAACAAUCCCUGGAUUUAACUCCAGUGACAUUAAAAUUUUAUGAGCUGAUGGAGUAUUUUCAUAAAUCAAUUCAAGUUCGUUUACCGCUCGCUUAACCCAAAAACGCUCUGUUUGAGAGGAACUGAAUUAAAGCGCAUCUCGCCGGUAUGGUGCGUCUGCUGAAUUGCCUGGUCUUGGGGUAUUUGACAUGGAAUCUGCGGAUAUCUGAUGCUCGAGGAGAGUACUGUCACGGCUGGCUAGACAGCAGUGGAAAUUACCACGAGGGCUUUCAGUGUCCGGAGGACUUUGAUACGGCGGACGCGACGGUGUGCUGCGGGAGCUGCUCGCUGCGCUACUGCUGCGCGGCCCCCGACGCGCGUCUCGACCAGGGGGCCUGCACAAACGACAGAGACGUGGAGAACAACACGCAAUAUGCUUCCCAGCCCAUCUACGUGCCCUUCCUGAUGGUGGGCUCCAUCUUCGUGGCGUUUGUAGUGGUGGGUUCUCUGGUGGCCGUGUACUGCUGCACUUGCCUGCGACCCAAGCAGCCCACACAGCAGCCCAUCCGCUUCUCACUGCGCAGUCAGGGUGAAACCAUUCCCAUGAUCCUCACCACAGCCCCUCCCAGCCUGCGCACGCCGUCACGCCAGUCCAGCUCGGCCACCACCAGCUCCAGCUCGGCGGGAGGAGGCAGCUCCGUCCGGCGCUUCUCCCUGGGCCGGGGUGACGGGCUGGGACAGUGCUCGCAGCAGCAGCAGCUCCUGAUGGUCUCAUCUUCCACGGCCUCCUCUCCUGUGUCCGUGGCUCCGGCGCAGCCACUUUUGCCUCCACCUCCUCCACCGCCCUACACCUCCCAGCAGGGCAGUAACUCUCUCCAGAUACAGCUGCACCACCAGACCCUGCAAAGCUCCGGCUUCCUCCUGCCACAACAGUACUUCUUUCCCCUGCCGCAGGAACCGUUCUCCACAAACAAGGGCUUUGCCGACUUCAGCCAGAGCUGACCUGGGGUUCCCUGCUCAAAAGGAAACGGUCACCAAAGAAUGUGUCGUUGUUGUAGACUCGUAUUACAGGGGCUCCCGCACUAGUGUAUCUUUCAGCAAGCUGGAUUGGCACUUGUGAGACGGCAGCUGGAAUUUAAGAGCCACGUGGGCUGCUAAAGCUGGUGAGAUAGUGAACUAUCAAUCUGACAGACACUCAAGUGCUGGAUACAACAUGGAAGCCUAAAUCUACAACUGAUCGUAUCUCAUAUGCACUUUCAAUCUGCUUAUUUGAUGAAAGACGUCUAAUUUUUUUUUUUAAAGUCCAGCUGGUCAGUGACACUCCACUGAACAUUUAGCCUCUGUAUUUGAGAUAAUUUGAUAUAUAGAUGGACAGAAUAUUACAUGACAAUCUCAAUCCUAUUUUAGGGGUCCUGCACUCAAAUGGUGCCAUGUAUGAAUGAGGGUUUUAUAGAAAUUAUCUUAUUUUUCCAAUGGGUCAGAGAUUGAAGGUUUAGUUCACAGAUUGAGACAAAAACUGUUCAUGUUUAAAACAGGCAUUAUUCUUGCUCAUAGACUAUGUCACAUAAGGAACAGGUUAACAUCAUACGAAUGUACAGCUACCUUUGGGAAAACCUCUGUUUUUAACGUUUGGAGAGCAUUCAUUCUUCAAUUUUGUAUAAUUUGUAGCAAUCUGAAAGCCAUUAUUGGCUUAGUUUCAGAUUACAUUAGCAACACAGUUUGUUGUAUUUGAUAUGAGACAUUUUGUAAAUGAUCAGGUGUAUCUAAAUGUACAGAGCAGCUGGAAGCACAUCAUGUGACGAGACGGCCGUCAAAUAAGUAUUACAGUCUCUAACCAACAGU